AUGUACUGUUUGCUCGAGCACAUUUUCAAAAUUGUGGUCUUGAUCCUUGCAAUUUUUAUGAACUUUCUUUUAACAGCUUAUUUAUUACAAUUUUAACUUAUUGGCUCAGUUUUCACACCGGGAAUAGAACAUUAUUAUUCCCUCUGGACAUUGCAAAGCUGGUGCGGAACCCUAAUGAUCGUAAUCAAGUUUAAGGAUCUAUGUUAUUUGCAUUGGUGGCUUCUGAUGACUUCGUCUUUUAUAUUAGCUGGCUUGGUUCUACACUUGAUUCUGUUUGAUUUCCAAGGAGACCCAUUUAGUACUACCGAAAAAGUUCAAAACUUCUUUGGCCUCGGGCUUAUGCUGGUUUCCUUACUAACAGUUUCAAGCUAUUCCAGAACCCUAAGGCCACCAGAAGAUUCAGUCCUUUUAUCUAAUUAUUAUUAG